AUGUCGGAGGACCCGUUCAGACCGGCGCUGAUCAUCGUCGACUUCCAAGAGGACUUUUGCCCACCUAAUGGCUCACUUGCCGUUGCCAACGGCCGCGACAUUCACCCUGUUGUCAACUCGUUACUGCGCCUGCCAUUCGCGACCAAGAUUGCCACAAAGGACUGGCACCCCGAGGAUCACGUCUCAUUCGCAUCGAACCAUGAAGGCAAGCAGCCCUUUGUCGAUGCCUUCGACAUCGUAAACCCGCGAAACAGCGCCGAGACAUAUCACACCCGGCUGUGGCCAGUGCACUGCGUGCAGGGGACGCCCGGCGCAGCCCUGGUGCCGGAGCUAGAUGUCUCGGCCGUUGAUAUCAUCAUCGGAAAGGGCCAGAACAAGGACAUCGAAAUGUACAGCGUCUUCUACGACCCCUUCCAAUCGCCCAGAGUGUCGGAUAGCGGGCUCGCGGCAUCUCUCAAGAACAAGGGCGUCACGGACGUCUAUGUGGUCGGGUUGGCUGCUGACUACUGUGUCAAGUGUACCGCGCUGGAUGCCCACAAGGAGGGGUUCCGGACCUUCAUCGUGGAAGAGGGCACCAGGCCGGUGGACGCCGAGAAAUGGGACGAGUGCAAGGGCGCCCUGGAGGCCAGCGGAGUGAAGAUUAUCAGCAUGGAGGGCCCGGAGAUCCGCAAGGUUGGAGCGGCUGGACGGGGAUGA